AUGGAACCAAGGAACAAUGUAACUUAUUUUGUCCUCUUGGGCCUCACUCAGAAUCCAAAGGAACAGAAAGUACUUUGUGUUAUGUUCUUGUUGUUUUACCUUCUGACAAUGGGGGGGAAUUUGCUCAUCGUCUUGACUAUUACUCUCAGUAAGACCUUGGAUUCACCCAUGUACUUCUUUCUUGGUAGUUUGUCAUUUGUGGAUAUCAUUUAUUCAUCAUCCAUUUCUCCCAAAUUGAUUUCCAACUUGUUCUUUGGGGAGAAAACUAUAUCCUUCAGGUUUUGUAUGAUCCAGCUCUUUACUGAGCACUUUUUUGGUGGGUCAGAGGUCUUUCUGCUCUUGGUGAUGGCCUAUGACUGCUAUGUGGCCAUUUGUAAGCCUUUGCAUUAUUUGGUUAUCAUGAGGCAGUGGGUUUGUGUCGUGCUGCUUGUACUGUCUUGGCUUGGAGGUCUUUUGCACUCAGUCAUUCAACUCAGCACUAUUCAUGGGCUCCCAUUCUGUGGUCCCAAUGUCAUCGAUCAUUUUAUGUGUGACAUGUAUCCCUUGUUGAAACUGAUCUGUACUGACACCUAUGUCAUUCGGGUUUUAGUUUUGGCCAAUGGGGGUUUGAUCUGUAUGGUCGUGUUUCUGCUCUUGCUCAUCUCCUACGGUGUCAUCUUGCACUCUCUAAAGAACCUUAGUAAGGAAGGGAGGAGGAAAGCUCUCUCCACUUGUGGCUCUCACAUCACUGUGGUUGUCUGCUUUUUUGUUCCCUGCAUUUUCAUGUAUGCAAGGCCUGCUCGGACUUUCCCCAUAGACAAAUCACUGAGCGUGUUUUAUACAGUCAUAACUCCCAUGCUGAACCCAUUGAUCUAUACGUUGAGGAACUCAGAGAUGACAAAUGCCAUGAAGAAGCUCUGGAUGAAAUAUAUUUCAGUAGACACAGUUAAAUUAUUUGUUAUAAUUUUAGUUUGUCCAUUUCUCUUUGUAAUUGGGUCACCAACUUUAUGA